CAACCGCAAUCUCAGGGCGUCUUCUUCAACUGUAAUUGAGAAUGAGUCCUCCGAGAGGUCGUGUUACAGUGGUCGGAGCCGGAGUUAUAGGGUUGACCUGUGCUCUGCGAUUGGCAGAAAAUGGCUUCAACGUGGACAUCAUCGCGCGAGACCUUCCAUCAGAUGAGGACUCUCAGCAGUUUGCCAGUCCUUGGGCUGGGGCCAACUGGCAUUCUUUCCCAACAGGAGAGGACGAAAGGCAGUGUCGCUGGGAAACACAUGCGUACAAGAAAAUAUGGUCACUCAUACCGAGUGGAGUAGCCAUGAAACUAGAUGCGGAGGAGUACUUCCGGUCUGAAACUCCACCACCUCCCCUUUGGUCCAAGGACCUUACUCCAAACUAUAGGGAGAUGUUUCCAAAUGAGCUCCCACCUGGAGUUACUCAUGGCAUCGCGUACACGACCUGGUCUAUUGAUGCACCCAAAUAUAUCAAAUGGCUGCAAUCCCGACUCGAGUCAUUGGGAGUGAAUUUGACCCGCGCCACGAUUCAGUCCAUUGAGGAGCCAUUCCUUCACCCAUACACUGAUAAAGGGCUGGCAAGUAUAGUAGUGAAUGCCACCGGUCUAGGGGCAAGGACUUUACGUGGUGUUGAGGAUGAAGCCGCGUUCCCAAUUAGAGGCCAAACGGUCCUUAUAUGGGCACCUCACUAUAAGAAAACACUGAGCACCAACUGGGAGGGGAACGUGUCAUAUAUAAUACCUCGUCCAGGUGGGCAAGUCAUUCUAGGUGGUACAUACGGAAAAGACGAUUGGAACGUGUCUUCCUCCCAAUCUGAUACAGAGCGUAUCGUUAAAGAUUGUCUCGCUCUAGACCCGUUUCUUGCACAUACUCAUAGCUCAAACUCAAUAUCUCCCCCGGAUCCUGCAUCGAUCCCGAUUGUCAAGGUGAACGUUGGGCUCCGACCCGCACGUAAGGGCGGAGCCCGACUAGAGUUGGAGACAAUCCAGGUUCCUCUCCAGCCGCAACCAUUCAAACCUCGAGGAAACAACCUCAACGAGUUUGCUGCCUCAAGAGAAGUGAAUAUUAUUCAUGCCUAUGGAAUCGGGCCCGCAGGGUUCCAGGCGAGUUGGGGGAUCGCGGAAGACGUGUUGAAGCUGGCGGAGGAAUGUGCAUCAGGCUGCCAAUGAAGCGGCAUGCGUUUGAAAUGCCAGUCCAAUGAUUGUGCAUCUCCUUCAAUCCUUCAAACCAUCUCUAGAAGUGAAAAAUAUUUACAAUAUGACUUGCUUCCGUGCGUCUGAGUGAUCCACCGAACUAUCUAUUCAAUGCGAUCCCUGGAGCUCCGUGAUGGGCC